UAGUAGUUAUAACAAGAAUUUAAACCAUGCCAGGAUUACCAAAUUUGGGCCUUCAGCAUUCCUAUUAUUGGAUCAAGCCAAAAGGUGAGACUGCAUAAAAUUCUAUUUUUCCCAUUUAUUUGUUGGGCAUCUUCUAUAUAGGGUAAAAGUUACAUUGGGAGCCCAAUCCGCCAUCAAAAAUUUAUUUUCUGAUUCGUUUUUUGUCAAAUGCAUUUCCCCCUGUUUUUGGGAUGAAAUUUUUCAAAAUAUUAAAUAUAAUGCUAAAUAUAAUACAAGUUGCUCUUUCACCAUACCCCUCUAGACAGCCUUGCUCUUAUUGUGUGCCACUGAUUAUUUUUGGUCAUAAAAAGCAAAAGCGAUUAUUAAAGAGGGGGCUAUUUCGCAGACAAGCAACGUAAAAAGGGCUUUGGGUACUAGAAUUCCAAGGGACUAUAAUGUCCAGUAUGGUCAGAUCUGCACAUCGGUUCUGCCCAUAUGCAUUUACAUUAUCAAUUUCCAUGUCUUGCAAUCAGCAAUCAUUCUGCCUAAGAGAAAUACUUUCGUUCGCAAAACACGAGUACAGUCUAUUCAUUGAUUAUUAUUUAUUAAUUCCUCAAGAAUUUCGUUCGAUUUUAAAAAAUUCAAAGUUCCUUUCGAUUUCACCAUCCAAAUUUUAUAUUGUAAUUUCAAAAAUUCUGAUUUUCAAUAAAACAGGAAGUUAUGGACUUUUCCAACUUCCAGGAAUUGAUCAAAUGAAUGGCAAUGAUUUCCAUAAACUGAGGAAUUUUCAAACUAUUCACGAUAGUCCUCGAAAAGCUCUUUAAAAUUGUGAUUUUUUGAAUAAUUUGUGGAUCCCAGAAACUUAGUGCGUGUCCAAAAACAAGGGCCGCGCAUUUUUCUGGAAUAUGGAGCCAUUAUGGGCUUGUAAUUAUGGAGCCUGAGGUAAGGAUAUCUUACAAAAUCUACAAGGAAUUUUACACCCAGAUUCUAGCCACUGCACAGAAAAAAUAAUAGAUAUAUUAUCUACUUUGUGUCGAAGAGAUUUUUCGGUUACGAUUGUCGAUCUGUGUCGUUGGUUUAGUUUAUACUAGUGGAAUGGCUGAAGCAAUUGAAAGUAACCAUGUAGACCAUAUAGUAAUGUUUAGUAGAAAAUGCCUUUUAGAUAUAAAUGAUAAACAAAAGGCAGAAGUGGAAUCCAUUGCUGACUCACUCAAGGAAAAUUUCCAACUGUGCUAUAUCUCGCACCAAUUUAAAUAUGAGGAGCAAGAAGCCCUCCCAGAAAGGAUACGUGAAAAUUUUAAAAAAAGAGAUGACGAACUUCCCCCUUUUAUUCGUGACUCUUCGAAUUCAGGGAGUACUGUUAUUAUCAUUGGUGCAGUAAACGAAGAUCUAUAUUUGGCUGCUCACACUAAAUCCUUUCUUAUCGGUGCAUCCUGGGUUGAACUUGAAGACAAAGUUAUAACAUAUGGAAUACCAGCCCCCACACCGAACGCGGCAAAAGUGAUAUUGGAAAUCAUUGCUAACCAAUCCGAAUGGUACUACACUUGUGAGUUCAUAGUCUCAGACGUACCAACAAAGGUAGUCGCUUUGUGUUCAGCAAAUACGUAUGGACCUCCCUCAAAUGAAAAAGAGAUUGCUAAGAAGUUUCAAGCAGUCUUAAAGGAUGGGGAUAAGAAUGCAGCCACAAAAAAAGCUCUGUUGUGUUACCUUAUGGCAGCCAUAGCUCAUGAUAAUGACUUCAGGGAAGUACAGGACUGGGCAAUUGCACCUUCUUCCUCUACAGACGUAAAUGAGACAAUGGUGGAACUGAAAGAACAUCUGCGCUACAUGAUGUAUGGAAGAAAAAAGGAUCCAAUUUUUGUUAGACACGAAGAAACAACCAAGUCAAGAUAUGACAAAUACGGCGAGAGAGUGCGAGAUGAUUAUUGCCAAAAACAUUUUCGUAGUAUAAAGGUACACCAAAGUUAUAAAACCAAGCUAAAAGGAAGAGUUGUUUGUGUAAUAGACGACUAUCUGACUCAUGGAAACACUUUUGAGGCUCUACGAAAUUUGUUAAUUAAAUGUGAAGUUAAGAAAAUAAUUUUCGUCGCGAUUGGUAAGUUUUUGCGCAGUGAUGAAGGCAAUUAUAUAACUAAAUCAUUCAGCAUCGAGGGUGACGUAUUUACUAGCGAUUACCAAGCCACAUUUCAAGAAAAAAAGUCACACCAAAGGUGGAUUAACCUAUCUGCGAAACGAAGUCAGCAAGAGCUAAACAAGCUCGCAAACUCUUUAGGGUAUUAGGCCCUUGACGUAACGUGACGUAAUUAAUACAAACCUUGAAACUUUACAUACGACUCCUUUUAAAAAAACAGGCAGAGUUGCAAUAACACAGUGCAAUAUAUGUUGCAUUCUUUGCUUUUAAAUAACUGUAUUCUAAUUUGCUACCCAUGCAGAGUGGCGGAAAGCUACAAAUACGAAUAAAGACACGUAAAAACAAUAGCAAAAUGAACACGUUAUACGUUGCAUGGCGAAUCGUGUAGUAUAUUAUAAUAUAACACUUAUAGCACGCGCGUGCUGAUUGGUCGAAAAGCGUGUUUCUAUUUAACAACUAUAGUCGCCUCAGGCUCAGUGAUUACACGGAAAAUGUUUUAGUCAUUUAGACUGAUGUAGAUCUAAAUGUGUUAAAAGUGUGAAAUAAUGAAAAAUUGGAGGAACAAGUCAUGUAGAUUAGAAAAUAUAAUCCA